CCCUGAGCUGCUCGGGCGCCUCAGGGUUUCCGGGGAGGAUGCCUUACAGGGCGCCGGCGCGUGGGCAAGGGCUCUGGGCCGCGCGGGCACCCUGGGUUUCUGACGUCGGCCAGGGUAGCGCCUUCUGGAUGGUUGGUGAUAUUCCCACUUGAAGGACAUCAUGUUUUCCAAACUAGCUUGUUUGCAGACUGUUGCUGUCCUUCGCCGUGGAGUUCAUUCUUCAGUGGCUUCUGCUACAUCUGUUGCAACUAAAAAAACAGUUCAGGGCCCUCCAUCCUCUGAUUACAUCUUUGAACGGGAGUCUAAAUAUGGUGCCCACAACUACCAUCCUUUACCUGUAGCCCUGGAGAGAGGAAAAGGUAUUUACGUAUGGGAUGUGGAAGGCAGAAAAUAUUUUGACUUUCUGAGUGCUUACAGUGCUGUCAACCAAGGCCAUUGUCAUCCGAAGAUUGUGAAUGCUUUGAAAAGUCAGGUGGACAAACUGACAUUGACAUCUAGGGCUUUCUACAACAACGUGCUCGGUGAAUACGAAGAGUAUGUUACUAAACUUUUCAACUACCACAAAGUUCUUCCUAUGAAUACAGGAGUGGAGGCUGGAGAGACUGCUUGCAAACUUGCUCGAAGAUGGGGCUAUACUGUGAAGGGGAUCCCGAAAUACAAGGCGAAGAUUGUUUUUGCAGCUGGAAACUUCUGGGGUAGAACAUUGUCUGCUAUCUCCAGUUCCACAGACCCAACCAGUUAUGAUGGUUUUGGACCAUUUAUGCCAGGUUUUGAAAUCAUUCCAUAUAAUGAUCUGCCUGCUCUUGAGCGUGCACUUCAGGACCCGAACGUUGCUGCAUUCAUGGUGGAACCAAUUCAGGGUGAAGCAGGCGUUGUGGUUCCAGAUCCAGGCUACCUCGUGGGCGUGCGAGAGCUCUGCACCCAGCACCAGGUUCUGUUUAUUGCUGAUGAAAUACAGACAGGAUUGGCCAGAACUGGUAGAUGGCUGGCUAUAGAUCAUGAAAAUGUCAGACCUGAUAUAGUCCUUCUAGGAAAGGCACUUUCUGGUGGUUUAUACCCUGUGUCUGCAGUGCUGUGUGACGAUGAGAUCAUGCUGACCAUCAAACCAGGGGAACAUGGUUCAACGUACGGAGGCAACCCGCUCGGCUGCCGAGUGGCCAUCGCGGCUCUGGAGGUUUUAGAAGAAGAAAACCUUGCUGAAAAUGCAGAAAAAAUGGGUAUCGUCUUGAGAAAUGAACUCAUGAAGCUACCUUCUGAUAUUGUAACAGCUGUAAGAGGAAAAGGAUUAUUAAAUGCUGUUGUCAUUAGAGAAACCAAAGAUUAUGAUGCUUGGAAGGUGUGUCUGCGACUUCGAGAUAAUGGACUUCUGGCCAAGCCGACCCACGGUGAUAUCAUCAGGCUUGCACCUCCGCUGGUGAUCAAGGAGGAUGAGGUUCUGGAGGCCGUGGAAAUCAUUAACAAGACCAUCUUGUCUUUCUGAGGGUGGUGAUAGUUUUCAGUGGCGCCUGGGAACCAGCUGUAGACAGGCAGUUCAUAAAGCUCUGCGUUUCUGUGCUUAAUGCAGUCGUGUUCCACUCCCCCGUGUCAAGGGCUUUUUAAAAAAUAUAUAUGUUUUUCAGUUCGUACAUAAUAGCGUGACAUUUAUAAACGUGCGGUUUGCUGUGUGACAUAACUAAGAGAACGUCCUGGUGUCUUAUGUUCGAUUAAGUGUUUUUGUAUGCGUGUGCGCUUUCUAAGGUGAGAUGCAUCUCUAUAUAGACAGCCUUUUAAUCAAGCCCCUCAGCAUAAUUUAUGUUUUAAUAAUUUCCUUGCUGGUAUAAAUGUUUCUAUUUGAAAAAGUUAUAUGAGAGUAUUGUAAAGAAGAUUUGCUUAACUUUAUAAAGUUGAAUCAUAAUCAUUGAAUUUCAGGAAGGAUUAAUGGUUGAGAUUAUAUAAAGUACUAGAAUUAAGUAAACUCCAUAUUGGCUAGCACCAAGAUGUAUUCUAUGAAUGUCAUUACUUUGAAUUAAAAAUUAAUGUUUAACAUUCCUAGAUUAUGUUUUAAGUGUUUGAUAUCAUUUGUAAAAAGUGUUUAUUUUCAUAGUUUCUUUAAAUUUAAAAUAAAGCUCAUAUUUAAAAUGUC